AUGGCCGCCGCUGUUUUUCCGGCUGUUGCCGGGUUUCGUCUUCCAUGGGCGGGAUUUCAAAACCUAUCACGUGACAGCCGGCGAACGGCCGCUCCCUACAGGGCUCCUGCUCUAUCAUCCGCCAUCUUCUGCCAGAGCCCGGGGUCAGUUCUGGACCUGAGGGAUGGAACCGGUUACCGGUCGUGUCAGUGCUUCGGCAAUGUCCGUACAGCCCCGGGAAUAUAAGCUGGUAAUGCUGGGAGCUGGCGGCGUGGGCAAGAGUGCGAUGACCAUGCAGUUUAUAAGUCACCGCUUCCCAGAGGAUCACGACCCAACUAUUGAGGAUGCAUAUAAGAUACGUAUACGGAUUGAUGAUGAACCGGCCAACUUGGACAUUCUGGACACAGCAGGACAGGCGGAGUUCACUGCGAUGCGGGAUCAGUAUAUGCGGGCCGGGGAAGGCUUCAUCAUCUGCUACUCUAUCACUGACCGCCGCAGUUUCCAUGAAGCUCGCGAGUUCAAGCAGCUGAUCUAUCGCGUGCGGCGGACAGACGACACCCCUGUUGUGCUGGUCGGGAAUAAGUCCGACCUCUCACGCCUGCGCCAGGUCUCCAAGGAAGAGGGCAGCUCCUUAGCCAGAGAGUUCAGCUGCCCCUUUUUUGAAACCUCCGCUGCCUUCCGUUACUACAUCGAUGACGUCUUUCACGCCUUGGUCCGUGAGAUCCGCAGGAAGGAGCGGGAAGCGGCCCUGGCCAACGAGCGCAAAUUCAAGCCCAAGUCAUCCCUCUGGAAGCGACUUAAGUCUCCGUUCAGGAAGAAGACUUCUGUGACCUGAGCGUGGUCGGAGCUGCAGUUCCAGUCUGUACCAUGGACCAAGGGGGGGGGCAGUAGUACUGGUUUCUCAGCAGCCUGAGACCUGCUGUAUGUGUAAUGUGAGGCUGCACCGGACACCCCUUCCCUGAUCCCGCCAGUGGAGGAUCACUUACUAACUGCACAUAGGAUGAUAUAUAUACCAGAGUGUGAGGCACGUGCUGUCUAUUACUAACAUGUCAGUAGGGAGUGACCGUCCCAUCACAUUAGGCCUGGCCGCAGCAGCUGGCACUGUAGCCCUGUAUAUAUGUAGUUACACCACAGGGAGGCGGCAGAUCCUCUCCCCCUCCCAGGUCUUUGCUGUUACCAGUAGCCAGAGGCGCUAUUGUAGUUACAGCAUCCCCUGAGGAUCCUGGAGCUGAGCUGGAUCGUGGGGUAACUAUAGGAGCAGCACCUCUGGAAGUUUUAUAUUGUGAUCUUUGUGGAAUUUUUGCACACGAUUUGUAUAUUUUUGUAUGUGACAAUAACACUGUUUUCAGCAAA